GCGGGGGCGCCGGCGGCGCGGAAGGAGGCCGCGGCGCGAACGGGCGACGUUCGCCCCGUGGCCCCACGGUGGGGCUCCGGCUGAGAGAAUAUGUCGCUGCCCAAGAAGAGAAAGACGGACUCGGCGGACGGCGGCGGAGGAGAGGGCAGCGGGGGUGGCGAAGAAGAAGAUGGAGGGGAACGCGACCCGGGGGGGCUGGAGGAGGCCCAGGAGACAGAGCAGGGCGCGCGAGACCGCCUGUACUACGAAUGCUACUCGGACGUGUCUGUGCACGAGGAGAUGAUUGCUGACCGCGUCCGCACGGACGCCUACCGCCUGGGCAUCUUGCGCAACUGGGCGUCGCUGCGGGGCAAGACUGUGCUGGACGUGGGCGCAGGCACGGGCAUCCUGAGCGUGUUCUGCGCCCAGGCCGGCGCGCGGCGCGUGUACGCCGUGGAGGCCAGCGACAUCUGGCAGCAAGCCCGUGAGGUGGUGCGGCUCAACGGGUUGGAGGACCGCGUGCACGUGCUGCCGGGCCCGGUGGAGACAGUAGAACUGCCCGAGCGCGUGGACGCCAUAGUCAGUGAAUGGAUGGGCUACGGGCUGUUGCACGAGUCUAUGCUGGCGUCCGUGCUGCAUGCGCGCGCCAAGUGGCUCAAGGAGGGCGGCCUUCUGCUGCCAGCUUCGGCCGAGCUCUUCCUGGCGCCCAUCAACGACCGGACCCUGGAGUGGCGCCUGGGCUUCUGGGGGGAGGUGAAACAGCGUUACGGCGUGGACAUGAGCUGCCUCGAGGGCUUCGCCACCCGCUGCCUGAUGGGUCACUCGGAGAUUGUGGUGCAGGGCCUAACGGGCGAAGAAGUGCUGGCCCGGCCGCAGCGCUUUGCCCAGCUGCAGCUGGACCGCGAUGGCUUGCAGCAGGAGCUGCAGGCCGGCGUGGGCGGGCGCUUCAGCUGCCGCUGCUACGGCUCAGCCCCCAUGCACGGCUUCGCGCUCUGGUUCCAGGUCACCUUCCCCGGGGGGGACGGCGAGAAGCCCCUGGUGCUGUCCACUUCGCCCUUCCACCCGGAGACUCACUGGAAGCAGGCGCUCCUCUACCUGGACGAACCUCUGCAGGUGGAGCAGGACACGGACAUUUCCGGGGAGAUCACGCUCUCGCCCUCUCGGGACAACCCCCGCCACCUCCGGGUCCUGCUCCGCUACAAAGUGGGAGAGCAGGAGGAGAAGACCAAGGAUUUUCGCAUGGGGGAUUGAGCCCGGACAACAACCUCCCCUUCCAGCUUCCCCAGGGCGGGUGGGAGAGAGAGAAGUGGGGCGUGAGGACAAAGCAGAGAUUUCCGACAGCC